AUGGCAAUCGAGGAUAUUGGCCUGGUGGGCAUCAAUGUGCGAAUGUGGCGCUACUUGGGAGUACUCUACCCCACUCCGGGCACCAACUGGCGGAAGUUCGCCUUCGUCCUGCCCGUGACGGCGAUGAAUCUGAUGCAGUUCGUCUACCUGCUGCGGAUGUGGGGCGACCUGCCCGCCUUCAUACUGAACAUGUUCUUCUUCUCGGCCAUUUUCAACGCCCUGAUGCGCACGUGGCUGGUGAUAAUCAAGCGUGAGCAGUUCGAGCAGUUCCUCCGCCGAUUGUCUUCUUUGUUCCACUCCAUUUUCGACGCCAGCGACGUGUGGGGGCGUGACAUCCUGCGGGAGGCGGAGAGGGAGGCUCGGAGCCUGGCCAUCCUUAAUUUAACUGCCUCCUUCCUGGACAUCGUAGGGGCUCUAAUCUCGCCGAUUUUCAGGGAGGAGAGAGCUCAUCCCUUUGGCGUGGCCCUGCCCGGAGUGAACAUGACCCGCACGCCGGUGUACGAACUGGUUUACGUGGCCCAGCUGCCCACGCCUCUUUUGCUGUCCAUGAUGUACAUGCCUUUCGUCAGCCUCUUCGCUGGGAUGGCCAUCUUUGGAAAGGCCAUGCUCGAGAUCCUGGUACGUAGGCUGGGCCAGAUUGGCGGCGAGGAGCAGUCGGAGGAGGUGCGCUUCCAAAUGCUGACCUCCUGCAUUGGGUACCACAGCAAGGUGAUGGGCUAUGUGUGUGAACUCAACAAGCUGGUAACCAACAUUGUGGCGGCCGAAGCAAUUAUAUUCGGCUCGAUAAUCUGCUCGCUGCUCUUCUGUCUGAAUAUUAUUACUUCACCCACCCAAGUGAUCUCUAUAGUGAUGUACAUCCUCACCAUGCUCUAUGUUUUGUUCACCUACUACAAUCGCGCCAAUGAAAUAGUCCUCGCGAACAACCGAGUGGCGGAGGCCGUUUACAAUGUGCCCUGGUAUUCGGCCAACAUUCGUUUCCGCAAAACCCUCCUGAUCUUCUUGAUGCAAACACAACAUCCCCUGGAGAUAAAAGUUGGCAACGUUUACCCCAUGACUUUGGCCAUGUUUCAGAGUCUGUUGAAUGCGUCCUACUCCUACUUCACCAUGUUGCGUGGCGUCACCAGUAAAUGA